AUGAAUAAUUUAAGUAUGGGAUUAGAUACAAUGAACGAUGGUGAUGAUACAUUUUAUUCUGUUAAUGAUGGUAUUGAAGAAGUUCUUAAGGAUGAUGGUUGUGAAACGAAUAUUUGUAAUCUUGUAUCGUUUUUUGAUUCGGUUAACACCGGCGAAAGCUUUUCCGAAUUGUUGUUGAUUAUGAAACGAUCGUACUUACAGCUUAUUUUGGAAUUACGUGAAGAGUAUUUACUGCCACAGGGUGUUACAAAUAUCAUUUCUACGUAUAUUGUAACGCUUUUUCGUCACUUAGAAAUUUUAUUGAAUAAAAAAGCAGUUCUUCCAUCUACAGAUAUUUAUUCAUCUUCAACAUCAACAUUACCAAAACAGAAUAAAAAGAUUAUUGAAAUUUGCCAACUGCAUGAAACAUUGAAUGGUUUAUCUAAUAUGAUCGAAUCAAAUUCUAAAAACAAUAAUCAAUUCAUUAAAAAUUGUGAGAAAUAUUUCGAUUUUAAUUCACCAGAAUAA